UGUGUAUGCAUGUCAGAAAGUGUCAGGAUGAACCACUGACUCAUUUUUUCAGUUUAAUAAGAAGUCUGUUCACCAACAGAAGGAAAUCCCGUCCUUUCAUUGAAGAUCCAACAAUCAGAAAACCCGACAGAUUCAUCUUUCCAAUCAAAUGUUAAAUCCAGUGUUUUGGACCAUGGGUGGUAAUUAUGGGCUAGCGGUCUUGGUGGGCGUGGCCAUACUUCUGGAGGCUGUCCAAUGUCAAGUGAGCUGCAAAGGAGCUGAUGGUGAGCGAGGAGUGAACGGCGCUCCGGGCAGAAAUGGGUUGCUUGGAAUGAAGGGAGAGAAAGGAGAGCCAGCUGUGAUGAUUCAAGGUCCAGUGGAUACAGCCAGCCUACUGAGGCAGAAAGGAGAGUCGGGAAAUCGGGGCACGCAAGGACCCCAGGGCCCAAAAGGUUUCCGCGGAGAUUUGGGGAAAGAGGGUGAGGAUGGCCCCCCAGGUCCUCCUGGCCCAGACGGCAGGUUGUCCCAAGCAAGACACACCUCUCAGCAGGAGUCCCGUUCGGCCUUCUCAGUGAUCAGAACCGACAGAAAUUAUCCUGCCUUCAACCAGAAAAUAACCUACCAAAAAGUUGUGGUCAACACAAAUGGUGAUCUUGACACACGCACAGGUGUCUUCACCUGCAGAGUACAGGGUACCUAUUACUUCAACUUCCACUCUGUGGCCAAGGUCAGCAUGUGCCUGCAAAUAGUCUAUGGUGGACCAAGAAGAACCCUGGGAUUCUGUGAUAAUAACAGGUCAAACAGGCAAUCUGAGCAGGUGCUGUCAGGUGGUGUGGUUUUACAGCUCACAGUUGGACAGAAGGUCUGGCUUGAGUCCUUUAGGGAAAACCAGGGACCUACUGAUACCAGGGAGAACCAGGAAAAAAAGAUCAUCUUCAACGGCUUCCUGCUCUUCCCAAGUCCAGCAUGGUUUCCUUGUGCGACUGUAACACGACUCCGAGCGUCUCUUCAGUUUGCGUUUAACUCAUCGUGGUUGGUUUUAUUCUCCCGUCUUUUCUCUCAGGAUUUAUCCAUCAUGCUCCACCAUUGUUUCCUCACUGUUGGUGCCCUGCUCUCAUUGGCAAUAUCCGGGCUAAUCGCUAUGGAGACCUGUCCAGCUACAGGGAUGCCCGGAAUGCCAGGUAUUCCUGGGCUUCCUGGAAGAGAUGGUCGUGAUGGACAAAAAGGAGAGAAAGGAGAUCCAGGAACAAAGUUGCAAGGUGGUCUUGGGCCUCAGAAAGGAGAGAAAGGGGAGCUCGGGCCAGAGGGGCCCCCUGGUAAAAGAGGUCAGAUUGGGGAGUCUGGGAAGCCAGGUACCCCAGGAACUGCCGGACCUCCGGGAGAACCAGGAGAACAAGGGGCUGUUGUAGUCCAGCAGCAGGCGGCCUUCAGUGUGGCCAGAGCGACAAACCAAUACCCGGAUAAAGCCAGCGUCAUUAAGUUCACAGAUGCAAUCACCAACAUCAACGAUGACUACAACACAAACACAGGACGCUUCAGGUGUCGGGUCCCAGGAACGUACUACUUUGUGUACCAUGCCUCGUUAGAUGAAAAACUGUGUGUGUUGCUGAAGCGUGACAACAUGCUGCUGGCAUCGUUCUGCGAUCAUCGGCAGGGAGGGAGACAGGUGACUUCUGGUGGCCUGGCGGUGUACGUGUCAAAAGAUCAAGAGGUUUGGUUGGAGACUAAAGACUACAGAGCGAUGAGAGGGACACGAAACGGAUACAGCAUCUUCUCUGGCUUCUUGCUUCACUCUCACUGAUCACCCCCAGGACAGGAAACAGAAAACAGUUUGACAGCUGAACGACUGAAACAACAUGAAAACAUUUUCUUACUGUUUCUUCACAAUGAUCAUUUACCUUUGUAAAAGGCACAGAAUGUUUAUUUUUCAUUUUCAUUUUUAUUCAGCGGCCAACAUGCACCAUUUUAUUCUCUUUCUGCUGAAUCAGCUCUGAGUUCCUAUCAGUUGAAAAGCUGACACUUCAAAUGGAGAAGAUCUUUGUGUUUGUAACUGACUGUCGAUGGUUCUGUCUAAAAUUUGAAGUUUCUCUUGUUCAGUUUAAUAAAGUUGGUUUCAUACUCAGACUUUCUGCAGACUCAGUUGAUAUUAAUGGGUGUGAUUUUUAAAUGCAUUUCCAAACACAGUUUGAUUUUUCUAAUUUCCAUCAUUAUCUCGAGUUCACAUUUAAGCACAGAAUGUCCCAUCAGCUCCGUGCCCCGCUGUCACAUAGUUUAAACAAACAAACUAAAUAAAGAGCUGAGCAUCAACCAA